GACAUUGAUUGAUCAUGUCAUGGGCAAAGGAAAAGAAAUAACAUCAACGGCAUCUACACCAACGAAAUACCUUGAUGAAGGUUGAAUAUCCAGUUUUACUCAAUGGUCAUGGAGGAUGGAAGAUGCCUCUUAGACGUGAUAAAUGACCCCCAAGCCCUGAACGAGUUUAUGCAGAAUGACGACCUCAGCGGAAAUGGACAGGUGCAGGAAGCGAAUACCGUGGGGGGAACACAGCACACUUUUGUGGCAAGUCCAGUCCAAAACAGUAACCAGUCCACCAAUGAGAGCCAAGGAAAUGUCGUCAUGGCCACCUCAUACGGCCACCUGGUGCAGAAAACGACGCAGAGCAUCACUCCGCACCAGGGACAGAAUGUACUACAGCUUGCCACAGGCCAGGCCUUUGGUAGCGGCGCCACCAUGCAGCCCUUCCGGGUACCGCAGGGAGCGGUGCUGAGCCAGGGCAAUGUGGUGGUGCAGCCGGGCAGCUUCGUGCAGGGGGCGGUCUCCAAUGGGAGUUCCGGGUCACAGGUCACGCCCGCCCCCAACAGAACACUGCAGCCCCAGUUUAGCUCGCUUGCCAGAACUCAAAUUGUGCAACAAAACACACCGCAACAGAGACAUGCUGCCGCACAACAGCCCUCGAGUUUUCAGGCAGCGUUUGAGAAAGCCAUGCUGGCAAAUAAGACCAAGAGCAGACAGCCACAAUCGCAGCAAGCUGUUGCCCAGCAACCGAAUUUGAACCCACCAAUCCUGCAGCAGAACAGCCCACAGCAAGUUUUGCAGCAGCCAAUCAGCCAACAGCAUCUGCAGCAGGCUUUUUCCCAGCAGCCCUUGGGGCAGAACAUUUCCCAGCAGCCCUUGGGGCAGAACAUUUCCCAGCAGCCUGUGCAGCAGAAUAUUUCCCAGCAGUCUGUGCAGCAGAAUAUUUCCCAGCAGUCUGGUGUGGUUCAAACUAUGAAUUCUGGGAGUUUGCAGCAGAACGUUGUUGGGCAGGGUGGCACAAAAACUAUUUCCUCGCUUCAGGCGUUGCACAACUUGAACAUCGUCUCCCACCCGUCUGUCCAGUCUAGCAGCAUCUCCAUGGCGAUGCCGACUGUUUCCACGGCAACGGUCGCAUCCGCCGGGCCGCGCACGGUCCACAUCCAGCCCAAACCGCCCGUGGCGAUAUCCCCGAAACUGUUGCCCGCGUCCUCGCGACCGCUCGUAAACAUCAGUCCGAAGACUUCUCUCCCCGGAUCACAGACAGUGCUGCUUCAGGGGGCGAACGCUCAGGGAGUCGCGCCCAACAUCAACAUCGCUAACCUGGUGACCUUGCCGGGACUCCGGGCACCGCAGGGGGUCUUAGUCCAGGCGCAGUCUCUCGCGCAGCGGAUAAGCAAUGUGCAGAGAGUACCGAUCACCACGACAACGCAGGCAAACGUCACACCGCCGCCACAACAACAACAACAACAGCAGACCGCAAGCCCGCAGACAAACAUUCUGUUACAAGCCGCUCAGCAGAGUAAUCUGAUGCCAUCAGGGCCGGUUCAGAACGUCAUGCCGACGAAUAGUGGCGUUCCGCAGAGUAACGUGCUUCAGCAACAUGGCGUAACGCUAGUACAGCGAGCGUCUCCGGGCGUGGCCAGCAUGCCCCAGCAACAGCAGUCCUCUGUUCCAGUGCAGAUCGCACCACAGGCGGGAAACCUGCAGGGCCAGGCUCCCGUCUACAUCACCUCACAGUCGUCUCCUUCUAACUUACAACCCGCGCAAGCACAGCAGCUCAGACCUGUCACAUCCCAACAACAACAACAACAACAACAGCAGCCGAGUAGUAACACGAGCAGAACGAACCUCGCAGCGCUGUCCAUCGCACAGCAGAUCCAAGACCAGGCCGCAGCACAGAGCCGGAGCGGACAGGCUGCCAUCAUCCCACAAAACCUUCUUCAGAAGGGCGCGAAAAUCCUGCCGGCGAACGUGGCACAGCAGCUGCUGCAGCAGCGAAAGCUGUCAGACCAACCACAGGGCGGCGCGGCGAGUCCGCAGAUUGUCGCAGUCAACACUUCUCAGCCUGCCUCCACCGUUACCACGGUUACAAUGACAACAGUUCAGACGACGGCGGUCCAGCACUCUGUGACAACAACGUCAUCUCAGCCGCAGGUUUUGGUGACGACGGGCGCGGGAGGGCAGCCCAGACUGAUCGUGACCCUGCCCCAGCAGCCACUGCCUCCCCAGUUCCAACAGAGAGAGGAGAAGAACAUGCAGCUUUAUCAGCAGGCACUCCGGAUACAGAAGGAAAGGCAGCUACAGCCUGGAGUGUCAGCCUCAGGACAGAUGGCAGGUACGACCAUCGUGACCACACAGGUGCAGUCUGGCCAGCAGCAGGGCCUGUUGGUUCAGCAGCAAGGCAUGAUGGGACUGCAGCAAGGCAUGAUGGGACAGCAGGUAACGUCUGCUGGGAGCCAACAAACCAUUCAGCUGAGCACGGCAGGUCAAGGGUCAGCAGGGCAGAAUUUCAUGGGACAGCAGGUACUGUCUGGUGUGGUGCAGCAGCAUGGCAUUAUGGGGCAGCAACAGGGCAUUGUGGGUCAACAGCAGGGCAUUGUGGGUCAACAGCAGGGAAUUGUGGGACAGCAGCAGGGAAUUGGUGGCCAGGUGCAACAAAGCAUUGUGGGCCAGCAGCAGGGCAUUGGUGGCCAGUUGCAGCAAAGUAUUAUGGGACAGCAGCAACAAGGUGUCAUGAACCAACAGCUGCAAGGCAUUAUGGGACAGCAGCAGCAAAGCAUGGUGGGUCAACAACAGCAGCAAGGCACUAUGGGUCAGCAGCAAGGCACUAUGGGUCAGCAGCAAGGCACUAUGGGUCAGCAACAGCAGGGAAUGGUGGUGCAGCAGACGCAAAGAAUGCUGGGUCAGCAACAGCAGGGCAUUAUGGGUCAGCAGCAGCAAGGCAUCUUGGGUCAGCAGCAGCAAACUAUUGUGGGCCAGCAGCAGCAAGGCAUUAUGGGUCAGCAGCAGCAGGGCAUUGUGGGCCAGCAACAGCAGCUAAACCUUGCGACCCCUCCCCAGGUGACCUCCGGCCAGCCGUCCCCGGCAAAACCCGUGGCGCCGCGGGCGAUUGCUGUCAGCAGCCCGCAGCAGCCCAUCGUCACACGGGCGGCCGCGGGGCAGACACAGGGCAGCGCUCAGAACCCUACAGGAGUGACAGUUGUGAGGCAGCCGGUCACCUUGAAUGUCCAACAGGGAAAACAGUUCAUCACCCUAACCCUUCAACAACAACAGCACCUCGCAGCCAUACAGGCUAAGCUGAGGACGAUAGUGACACCUGGCAAGCAGCUGUCCCCGCAGGAGAAACAGGUGGUUCAACAGCUGCAGGUGUUACAAAGCCGCAUUCUUCAGCAAGCCAAGGCACAGACCCAGGCCCUAGCCCAGAAUGCAGCAGGGCAGGCUAGCCUAGCGCAGGCUGCACAGAAGAUGACUCCUAUCGCCCAGAAGCCUGCGGCUCCGGCCUCCACACAGGCACAGGGACAAGGCACGAUCCAGCAGCAGCGCCAGCAGCUGAACGAGCUGCUGAAGACCCAGACUCAGGUCAUCCGCACGACCCAGGGGUCAGGGGUCACCAGCGUUGUUUCGGGUUCCACCAGUGGAGCGACAGGGCAGCCCACUCUAGUCAAACUGCAGCCACAGGGGGCACAGGGUCCUGCAGCAGUUAUCCAGCUGACUCCGCAGCAGAAGGCGACCCUGCAGCAAAUCCAGCAGCAGCUGAAGACUCUGUCCCCGCAGCAGCAACAGCAGUUCCUUAAACAACAGCAGCAUCUUAUCCUGCAGCUCAAGAACAGUAAGAUCGCCAUCAGUCCGGCUGCCCUCAGCGCUGCGAAUGCGGGUACCGCGGCAACGGGCGUGGCAGGGCAGCAGCAGCUGGUCACUGUCCUCAAACAACAGCCUGUACAGACUAUCGCAGGGAAGUUGGUCCAGUCUGUUGGCAUCAAGAGACCAGCACCACAGCCGCUGUCUAAAUCUGACCUCAUUAAGAACAAAGGGAAGCUAGACCAGCAAGGCUGCCUGAAGCCAGACUACAAGACACCCUUCAGAAAUAAGGAGGACGCCAUCAAGAGACUCCUACCCUUCCACAUCCACAUGACAAGGGACAUAGAGGACAAGGAGAUAGACAAAGCUGAGGUGACGUUGGACACAGUUUCCCAGUCCCUAGUGGAGAAGUACCACAAGAUGAGGGACAAGUAUCACCAUCUCCUACUGCAGGAAAGCAUGGUUAGUGGGAUUCUAUUUUAUUAGUAAUCAGGCUUUUAG